UGAGACCGAGUGAGGGAGCAAGUGGCGGUACUUCCUCUCUCUCUCUCUCUCUUUCUCUCUCUCUCUCUCUCUGGGGUCAAUUUUUAGGACCAAAGAUUGAAACUUUGGAAAGGGAACGGACGAUUGAUGCUAACAAAAGCUUUUCCUUCUUUAAUACACCAAAAGCAAUCUCCUCUGCAACCUCCCCAAAUCACCAUAGUCUGGUGACUGGGUGCUUUUGUGUUAUUUGAAGACACGAUUUUGGAGUAGUUUUAUGAAUUCGGUGCUGAUGAUGGAGUGGAAUGAAAAACCUCCUUCACUGUGGGAUUUGGAUAACCUUUUCAUGUAUGGUACAAAAGUUACUGAAAAUCCUAGGAAGUUACAACCAGCAGACUGGGGAAUUGAAGGGGAACGAGGAAUGAACUCUGAAUCUUUCUAUUCGACUGGGGGUGAUGGGGGUAGUGGGGUUUCUGGCUCUGAUUUGGGAGAUGGUUCAUCAAAGAGUUCGAAAUCAGCUUCUGUCAAUUCUUCAGUUGAGGAAAGUAAGAAAUCCAAUUUCAACUUAGAGGCUUUUGAAGGUUUCCCGAAGGAUUUCUUUGAUAAAAAGGAUUCAGCUGCAGCCGAGGCCCUUGGAUCUUCUCCAACUCAUGAUGUUUCGGCUGGCUCUGGCGAGCCAUUGCUAAGUCUAAAGCUUGGUAAGCGGAUGUACUUCGAAGACGUUUGUGCUGGAAAUAAUCAUGAGACCUCUUCUCUUUCUGUUAUUUCCACAUCUAUGGCAACAAAGACAAAGAGGUUUAAGUCUGCUGCUCAGAGUGCAUUUGCAUCACACUGCCAAGUUGAAGGCUGCAAUCUUGAUCUUUCAUCAGCCAAAGAUUACCAUCGCAAACAUAGAAUUUGCGCAAAUCAUUCCAAAUCUCCGAAGGUUGUUGUAGAUGGUGUGGAGCUUCGGUUUUGUCAACAGUGUAGCAGGUUCCAUGGCCUUUCUGAAUUUGAUGAAAACAAGCGAAGCUGUCGCAGGCGACUUUCUGAUCACAAUGCAAGGCGCCGCAAGCCACAGACAGAAGUAGUGAGACACCCAGCAAGGCUGUCUUCAUCACUGUUCAGCACAGAUGCCAUGAGCCUUUCUUUGGACCCAGGUCCCUAUGUUUACACAAAGCAUGCUUCAAAUUUAACAUGGGAUGGCUCGUGCAACCUCAAGUUUGCACAAACGAAAGAGUAUUUUCCAAAUCCUGCAAAAGCAGGAGGCACUGCCAGGCAGCUAAAUUUUCCUAACAAUGGAAGUCCAGGCUCGAUAAAUGUGCUUUAUCAGGAUUCCAGUAGGCUGUCACCAUCUAAGGGCACUGCGGCUGAGGUUGUUAACCGAGGUGCUGAAGAAUCUAUGAUCUCUUUCAACCUGGAUGCAACGCAGGAUAUUCAUCGUGCUCUCUCUCUUCUGUCAACGAGUCCUUGGGUCUCAGGCGAGGGGAAAUCUGUUCCACUUGAUACCAAUCAAAGUUAUCAUAACAACUCACCUCAACAGGGGAUGCAUGCGAUGACUCAAGGUGUGCCAGCCUCUUCAGAGUACUGGCAAACUCAGCAUCCAUCCCUAGAUUCCCAAGCACACGUUUCCCACUCACACAGUAAUGUUGGCAACCAAUUUCAGGAUCUUCAUCAGUUCAAAGCGCCGUACGAGUUUGGCUAUAACCCAAACCAAUUCAGUUGACUCCACCUGGGGUACUGUCCUUUCACCCGCAUAACUUAUCAUGUUAAGAAACUGGGCACUGCUUUGGUUUUUCAAGGACGAAAUUCCGGGGAUUAGGCAUAUUAUCGGUUGCGAAUGCAAGAGCUGUGUAUGCGUUUAAUCUGGUGCUACCAUAUCUCCUUUGUUAUGGCUUGUAUAAUUUGACAAAUUGUAGCAAAUUGGUUCACUGUUACAUUGCUUUACACAUGCAUUUUCUUUCAUUUGUUGCGACUUGUACGUCAAAUUGAAAGGGGAUGUUAACAUGCCCCUCCCAAAGCUCA